AUGGGCUGGGUCCGCGCCCAGCGCCAGCCCCUGGGGUGGGUCCCUGUGCUGGCCCUCCUGCUGGGAGCCUGCCGGGCCCUCCCCGUCCCAGACUCCAGCCCCCUCCUCCAGUUUGGGGGCCAGGUGAGGCAGCGGUACCUCUACACGGACGAUGCCCAGGAGACGGAGGCCCACCUGGAGAUCAGGGCUGAUGGCAGCGUGGUCGGCUCUGCUCACAGGAGUCCGGAGGGCCUCCUGGAGCUGAAAGCCUUGAAGCCGGGGGUCAUUCAAAUCUUGGGAGUCAGGACGUCCAGGUUCCUGUGCCAGAGGCCGGACGGGAGGCUGUACGGGUCGCUCCGCUUUGACCCCGAGGCCUGCAGCUUCCGGGAGCUGCUCCUGGAGGACGGAUACAACGUCUACCGGUCGGAGGCCCGCGGCCUGCCGCUCCGCCUGCCCCCCGGCCCUGGGGACCUGCCCCCCCGGGGGCCCGCCCGCUUCCUGCCGCUGCCCGGCCUGCCCCCCGCGCCCCCGGAGCCGCCGGGGGGCCCGGCCCCCGGCCCACCCCCCGACGUGGGCUCCUCGGACCCCCUGAGCAUGCUGUGGCCCUCGCCCGGCCGCAGCCCCAGCUACACGUCCUGA